UUACACCCCACAAAUAUACUACUGGGGACUUUGCGUAUCCCCCAUACGAUGCACUACAGAAUGGGCCUGGCGCACCCUAUCUAAUUCUAGCACAAAAUCUGCUAUUUUUGUCAUUUGGAUCAAAUUUAAAGGGUGUUUGUUUUUAAGCCCAUUUCGUAACAAAAAGUUACAUGGCCCGAGCAAGACUGAGGUUUCAACUUUCAACUCCACAGGUCCACAGGCUCGUAACCAAAUUAGAGCAUCCACAUCAAUCCUUCUAAAUUUUUUGUCUAUUGUACCCUAAAAAACCUAAUCUUUCUAUUUUACACCAUCACUAUUAUAACUCACGUCAGUUUAUCUAUUUUACAAUAUAUUUCAAUAAAAUACUCAUUCUUCCCAUUUUUUUAUUAUUUCUCUCAACUCUCUUUACCUAUAUACGCGGGCUCUCUCUCUCUUUUCAGAACAGAUCACCACUCUCUCUCUCUCUCUCUCUCUCUCUCUCUCUCUCUCUUCUACCUUCUCUCAUUCUUUCUCAAAAACAAGCUCCGGCGAUCACGAACCAAGCUCCACGACCCGUUCCUUUCUUCACCAGCCGAUCCACGAACCAAGCUCCGUGAUUUGAGUUCGGACUUGUCGUGAAUCGGCGGCGCAUGUGGGUUGUGGACCUGUGGUGUCGUGGUUUGGUGGUUGGGUGUCUUGCCGUCUGAGUUUUGGUGGUGGUCACGGUGGUGGUUUGAGAUAGAGUGAGAAGAGAGAGAAUGCCAGAAUGGAGAGUUAAAAAAUAAGGUCUGUUUAGUCUGUUUAGAGAUUAAGUUGCACUUGGGACCAAAUUGGUUAAUUCUGAGAAGUUGUGGACCUGGUUGGCAUUACCCCAAACCUCAGGGUAGUAAGUGAAAUUUAUCCAAAAAGAAAAAAAGAAAAGAAGAAAAAACAAUUGAACUAUCUCGCAGUCAAGAAAGAGAGCACUCUGAUGGUUUCGCAGUUUCGCGCCUAAAACCUAAAACCCCAAACCCCACACGCCGUUUCCCUUCUCAACGGUUUUGAAUCAAACAUGAAUGUGCAAGCGCAAGCGCAAGCACAAGACAUGGUCUUCACUAAGCAGCCCUACAUCGAAGAUGUUGGCCCCCGCAAGAUACAAAGCAUGAACUUCAGCACGUUAUCCGAAUCGGAGAUCAGUAGAAUCGCCGAGGUUCAAGUAUAUAAAGGCCAGUAUUAUGAUGCAGCAAGAAUUCCUAUCGAAGGCGGCUUAUUGGAUCCACGAAUGGGCCCAAAUAAGGAAGGCAUAUGUGCAACAUGCCAUGGGAAAUUUGAUAGUUGUCCGGGACACUUUGGAUACAUAAAACUUGCCCUCCCAGUUUACAAUGUUGCAUAUAGGGAUAACAUUAUGAACAUUUUAAAGUGCAUUUGUAAGUCAUGUGCUCGCAUACUUUUGGUGGAGGACAUACGUAAAGAGUUUUUGAAGAAGAUGAGGAAUCCUAGAUUGGAGGCUCUGAAGAAGGCCGAAUUACUGAAAGAGAUUGUAAAAAAGUGCAAUAGCUUGACAGGUUCCAAGAAAGCAUUUAAGUGCUCAAGAUGCGGAUAUAUAAAUGCUUUGGUGAAGAAGGCUGGUCCUCCUAUCCUGGGCUUUAAUCAUGAGCGUCCAAACUCUAAUGAUGGAACUAUGGAGGAAUUUAGAUCAGCAAUCUCUCACACAAAAGAUUCUAAGACGGUCUUCAGUGCACCUACUUUUAAUCUUAACACUGUCGAUGUUCUUGCACUUUUUAAAAAGAUGGUGGAUGAGGAUUGUGAGUUGCUUUAUCUUUCUGAUAGACCAGAGAAACUCAUCAUGGAAAACAUCGCAGUACCUCCUGUACCUAUUCGUCCUUCUGUUAUCAUGAGUGGAUCUCAAAGCAAUGAAAACGACAUUACGGAGAGGUUAAAGCGAAUUAUUCAGGCAAAUGCUAGCCUUCGUCAGGAGUUAUUAGAAGCAAGCACUGCAUCCAAUCGUCUGGCUGGUUGGGAUGUUCUUCAACUUGAGGUUGCACAGUAUAUAAAUAGUGACGUUCAUGUUCCAUUAUCAAUGCAAGCUUCCAGGCCAUUGGGUGGCUUUUUUCAGCGCCUAAAGGGGAAGCAGGGGCGAUUUCGUGGGAAUUUGUCAGGGAAGCGUGUUGAAUAUACUGGCAGGACUGUUAUAUCACCUGACCCGAAUCUGAAAAUUACUGAGGUUGCAAUCCCCAUCCAAAUGGCUCGAAUCUUAUCUUAUCCUGAACGUGUUUCUCACCACAAUAUAGAGAAGUUGAGGCAACGUGUCAGUAAUGGCCGCGAUAAAUACCCUGGCGCACAAGUGGUCAUAAAUGCUGAUGGGAGUAAGAGGAUCCCAGUUUAUGGUGCUAAAAAGCAAAUUGCUGAUGCACUGAGAUAUGGUGAUAUAGUUCACCGUCAUUUAGAGGAUGGGGACAUUGUCCUUUUCAACAGACAGCCAAGCUUGCAUCGGAUGUCCAUCAUGUGUCAUAGGGCAAGAGUUAUGCCUUGGAGAACAUUGAGAUUCAAUGAAUCUGUGUGCAAUCCAUAUAAUGCUGAUUUUGAUGGUGAUGAGAUGAAUAUGCAUGUCCCACAAACAGAGGAGGCUCGAACAGAAGCUGUAAUGUUGAUGGGGGUGCAAAACAAUUUAUGUACACCAAAAAAUGGAGAGAUUUUGGUUGCUUCCACUCAAGAUUUUCUAACGUCUUCUUUUCUCAUAACAAGGAAGGACACGUUUUAUGACCGUGCAGCUUUUUCUCUUAUGUGUUCUUAUAUGGUGGAUGGCAUGGAUCCUGUUGAUUUGCCAACUCCUGCAAUACUUAAGCCAAUAGAGCUUUGGACUGGCAAGCAAUUAUUUAGUGUUUUAGUGAGGCCACAUGCAAAUGUGAGAGUCUAUGUAAAUCUUACUGUAAAGGAGAAAAGCUACACCAAGCCUAAUAAAGAAGGAGAAAGAGAAAAAGAAGCCAUGUGCCCUAAUGAUGGGUUUGUCUACUUCCGUAAUAGUGAGCUAUUAUCUGGACAGCUUGGGAAAGCCACUUUAGGAAACGGAAAUAAGGAUGGACUUUUCUCUGUUCUUCUUAGAGACUACAAAGCACAUGCUGCUGCUACAUGCAUGAAUCGUCUAGCUAAAUUGAGUGCGCGGUGGAUAGGUAACCAUGGGUUCUCAAUUGGGAUUGAUGAUGUCCAACCAAGUAAAUAUUUGAAUGAAAGGAGACUGGAAACAAUCUCUAGAGGUUAUCAAGGUUGCCAUGAGAAAAUAAAGUUUUACAAUGAAGGAAAGCUACCGCCUGAAACCGGAUGUGAUGCUGCUCAAACACUAGAGGCUGAGAUAACUAGAAUUUUAAAUAAUAUUCGAGACGAAACUGGCAAGGUCUGCAUGAAAGAAUUACAUUGGAGAAAUAGUCCUUUGAUUAUGUCCCAGUGCGGUUCCAAAGGAUCUCCUAUCAACAUCAGCCAAAUGAUUGCUUGUGUUGGCCAGCAAUCAGUUGGGGGUCGUCGUGCUCCUAAUGGGUUCAUAGAUCGGAGCCUUCCUCAUUUCCCUAGAAAAGCAAAAACACCUGCAGUAAGUUUUGCAGCUCUUUAUCAUGAAUGUCUUAAUUAUGCAAGAGCUUGCUAUGUUCUUAUCCUAGUUUUUCUUUGGGAUCUUAUACCCAAUCA